AUGAGACUCUGUUCUUUCUUACGAGAUUCGAAGCACCAUCCCCUUCAGCCAAACUUCGAGCUUCCAGCCAUGGACUUGUCCUCCCUUGAAGGCCCGCAGAUGGUAAACCCUAAAUUCAUUGUUCAACCAGACGUUCCGGCUCGUAUCCAUCACUCUCGCACACCGACUCAUGUCCUGUUCUCAAAACCCCUACCACCAAGACCAGCUUCGGCAGACGCGACCUCUCCUCGACAUGGCCAGAGCAUACAGCAGGAUUGGCCCUCCGAAAGACUGAUGGACGGGAAUCUCAGACGCAGCCCAGCACGCAGAAGGAGCCCGCAGUAUGAAGGAUUUUACGAGUAUGAUCCUCGUUCUCAACACGUUCCCACCUUGCGUAUACCUCAACAGUACCCAUCUGGGCAUCACGUUCGACGGCCACGGAGCUGCAACCCCACCAAUCUCAUCUGGCUCGAGGACCAAAAGCUUUGGGUCGUUGGAAACAGCAUUGCAUCGCCACAGGACCGCUUUUAUGAGAGACCGCCCUCCCACUCGACAUCACCUGUUUCACCACUCUCUGGAUACCAUCCGAUGACAUUCCACAGGAAUGAAUAUGAUUUGCACUACUCGGCCCGAGCUGACUUGCCGGAUCACCUACCGGUACAUAACGACCACGGCUUCGGACCACCGCAUAUUGCACAAACGAGAGACGACCGAGUUUCUAGAUGGAUGUCGGUUGUCGAAAGAACGCACGCGAACAGAAGAGGCUGA